AUGUCGGAAGAAGAGGAUUUGGGAAGGUUGGGUACUUUUGCCGGAACUAGUUUUUCCGAUUAUGACAAUGACGAGUUUAUUCUUGACUAUUUCAACAAUUUUGUCUUCGAAUUGAAGAAUUGGGAACUUGUCCGUUGGAUUGGAGUUGAGCCUCAAAUAUUAUUCUUAUUUUACUUGUAUUCAUUUUUUUUUGGCUACAAUGUCAAAGCUUCAUAUUCAAACAUUGAUGAUUUUCUUGACUGCCUUCACUAUUCAUCGAUCUCAAACCCAUCAUUUCCAAUCUCUAACGCGAUCUACACUCGUAGCAACCCUUCCUUCUUAAAAGUUCUUCAAGCCUACAUCCAUGAGAGUAGGUUUAACACAUCAUCAACCCCGAAACCUCUAGCCAUAGUCACGGCCUUGGAUGUAUCACACGUCCAAGCAACCGUGAUUUGUGCAAAAGAAAAUGACGUACAAAUUAGGAUUAGAAGUGGAGGCCAUGAUAAUGAAGGCCUCUCAUACGUUGCACAUGUUCCUUUUGUUAUCCUAGACAUGUUCAACCUUCGAUCCAUUGAUAUCGACAUACCAAGUGAGACUGCUUGGGUUGAGGCCGGAGCUACUAUUGGUGAGCUUUAUUAUAAGAUAGGCAAUACGAGUAAGAUCCAUGGCUUCCCUGCAGGAUUAUGCUUUACUGUUGGCGCCGGAGGCCAUUUUAGUGGGGGUGGCUAUGGUAACAUGUUACGAAAAUAUGGCUUAUCUAUCGAUAACAUUGUCAAUGCACUAGUUGUCGAUGUAAAUGGUAGAAUUUUGAACCGCGAAAGUAUGGGUGAAGAUCUUUUUUGGGCUAUUACGGGUGGUGGUGCAGCAAGCUUUUGUGUUGUUAUAUCAUGGAAAAUCAAAUUAGUACGUGUACCUAAAGUUGUAACGUUUUUCGAUGUUGCAAGGACUUUAGAGGAAGGUGUUACUGAUAUUGUUAUUCAAUGGCAACAAGUAUCUUCUACAAUUAACAAAAAGCUUUUCAUUCGAAUGCAACCAAUGGUAUCGAAACAAGGAGGGAACACAACAAUACGAAUUUCGUUUCUAGGACUAUAUCUUGGACGUGCCAAAUCCCUUGUUACAUUAAUAAACAAGGAAUUUCCUCUUUUAAGGUUACAAAAACAAGAUCUUAAUGAAAUGUCAUGGGUAGAAUCAACUGUAUCUUAUUAUAUUGGCAACGGAAAUCCUCUUGAGGUGCUAUUGCAACGAACACCUUCACCGCCCCACUCGUAUUGGAAACACAAGUCCGAUUAUGUAAAUUCGCCUAUUCCAAGGGAAGGCUUGGAGAAGAUAUGGAAAAAGAUGAUCCAGUUAGAAAAUCAUGUAAUUAUUCUUCAAUGGAAUCCUUAUGGUGGAAGGAUGAGCGAGAUUAAAGAGAAUGCAACCGCGUUUCCUCAUAGAUCAGGGUACAUAUUUAAGAUGCAAUACCUAGUAACAUGGAAAGAUGAUAGUGUUGAGGCUACAAGUAGGAAUAUCGAAGCCAUUCGAGAUCUUCAUGCUACAUUUACUCCUUAUGUGUCUAACCCAAGGGUAGCGUACUGGAAUUAUAGGGAUAUCGAUGUUGGGACGAACGAAAAUGGGAGCUUAGAUUUUGCUAUGGAGUUUUUUAAGGACAAUGUUAAGAGAUUGUUGCAUGUUAAGGCUAAGGUUGAUCCUCAUAAUUUUUUCAGGUAUGAACAAAGUAUUCCAGUUAUAGUUAGCUAG